GAAGUGCACAAUUUUGUCUAUGGUCGGCUCCGCACGCUGUCACUAACCGCGGAAGCGUUUUUGAGAUGAUCCUGCGUUUGCUGCCUGCGCUUCAUCACAGUCUCGUGCUGUGAAGUGUUUGCGUUGUGGUACAGUUCAUGAAUCCGGCUCCACUCUGACUCUGCAGCUUUGACACUAUGAACAAAGAUUCAGCAGUUCUUCAGGGUGCUUUCCUCAUGGCUGAUAAGCUGUGUUCCCCCUCGUCCCUGUCCUUGAUUCAGAAAGCAGACUGGAGCCGGGUGGGACACGUGGUCCUGGAAGCGCUCGGAGAAAUCUGCAGACAGGAUGAAGUCAGCCGUGGUCCCAACCCUGCAUCCGAGAGCUGGAAAAAGAAGGUUGUGUGUGUUGUGUGGCUGAAGCUGUUGUGCAGAGAGGCUGAAGAGAACGCUGACGUGGCAUGGAGAGAGAACCCUUUCUUCUCUCUGCAGAACAGCCUCCCUGAGGUCAGCCAUGCUGUCCUGCUGGAGCUGGUGAAGUCAACAGCAGCUGCAGGUGUUUUUGCCCGUUUUCUCCUGCAUCUUCCUCACGCUCAGAUCUGUACGGAGCUGGAAAGGUUGGUGGAACAUGUGAGGAGCCAUCCCACAGGGGAAGAUGAUAUCCGACUCUUUCUGGAGGUUUGGUGGGAGCUGUGGAAAGGCAGAGCGGAAGAAAAGGUGGGAGAAGAAGAGCGCAUAGAGAAGAUGUUUGCUAACCAGUUUGCCCGUCUCUCCUCCAGUCCGUCCCCUCAGGCUGCAAAGAGGUUAAAGUUAGAUACACCAAAUUCACCAGAUGUUCUGCACAUUCUCCUUCAUGCUCUUAAAGAUAUGAAAGAUCACAUAUCCUCAGCUGACCUCUGCUUUCAGUGCUUAUCUAUUUCCCUCGACGCUCUUUACACAUCUUUCCUAAUAGACAAAGAUGUUGUACUUACAGUCAAAGAGAAAUUGGACCUCUGGUGUAAAAUCCUCAGAUCAAGAGAAAAGAAUGUGGAGGAAAUGAGUCCUGAAAUUAUUCGGGAAGCUCAAAAAGACUUGCGUGCUUCUCACACACCUUCUGAAUUUCAGCCCUGCCAGAUGAAGCUGAGUGAAGCCCUGAAGAUGAUCACAGAACUUGCACAGUUUUGGCAACACAGUGUUAUUCCCACAGAGUGUGACGGCUCCACUCCUAAUUAUUCUGCCUUCCAGCUAGAACAGAGUAUCCAGAGGGUCCUGACAGCUCUAGAAAAAGCAUCUGGAGUUGGGACUGAUGACUACCGUGGAGACAAGGAUAUACUCAGAGGUUUGCUGAAGUCAGCGUCCUUCCCUGUGCUAGAGAGCAGCCCUGAAAUGAGCGCAAAAGUCGCUGCCAUCAUCAUCACCCACCACCUUGAAGACUAUGAGAACUUAGCAGUGUUGUUUGCCAGCGAGACGUCAUGGGCAGAGUAUGCAGAGCACUGGCUGGACUGCCUGGAAAAGAACCAAGCGGCCUUCCGGCAGCACGGUACGCUCAUCAGCCUCUCGUCCACCCUCACGAGUAAACUCCACAGUGAGAGCACCAACGUGAGCCAGUGCCGCAAACUGCUGAAAAUCAUUGUGGAUAUUUUCUCCACACUCACAUUAGAAGACAAGAACAAAGCGUUGGCUGCCAUGCUGAGAUUAUCCAGCAGGGGUUUCUUUGGGUGCUCUGCGCCCUCCGCUUUAACCGACAGGUUUGAACAGGAGCUCAACAUGGCCUUCAACUGCAUCAUCCAGGGAGCGGGUGGAGCUUCAGCAGGAGCGUCGCAGGGCAACCUGAACACAGCGGCCUCUUUAGUAGCAAGAGUGGCCUUUCAGAACCCCGAAGCUGCUUUGAGGUCCUGCUGCCAUUCAGCUGUUUUCAACAAAGGAGCGUUCUCUCUAAUGGCUAAGAUCCUGCAACAGCUGCCAGGACUCAAAGAGCAGAGGGGGAGAAAAGAUGGAGAGAGGGAAAAAGAAGGAAGCGACGUGGUGAGAGGUAGCAGUUUACUCUGCAGGUGUUUACAGGACGUAAUCAGGACCAAGUCACUGUCAGCCAGUGAAAAAGAACAGUUCCUCAAGUUCCUGGGUCUGCUCAUGGAGCCGGUCACUGCAGCUGAAAGAGAAGGAAAGGGGGAGAGAUUUCUGUCACCUCAGGAAGUCGUGAACACCUUCGUCCUGCCUAACCUCUCAGCUACAGGUCUCUGCUCUGAUGAUGCACAGCUGAGUCUGCAGCUUCUCCACACUGCUUUGUCUGUGGAUGUGCACGAAGCAGCCCCCUCUCCUCACUGGGUGUUGGACUGCUCUCCUUUUCCCCUCCUCUACACCCUAGCCCAGCUACACAACCAGACUCUCAGAUGUUGGGAGCAGCCACCUGAGGGCGCUGUCCACAUCUGGUCCAUGGACACCAAGGAGCAGCUGUCGUCAGUGCUGACCACACUGGGGCAGGUGGUGGGUGCAGAGGUGGCGUCAGCCCCCAGCAGCUGGUCCAGAGCUUUGUUCUGGCUGUACAACAAGAUGGAAGAGCUGGACUGGACUGUUCGGUUGCUGCUGAAGCCGGUGUGGGGGCAGCACUUUAAAAUUGAGGUGCCUGCAUCUCUGCUGGCUGUGUGUGAUCUACCUGAACAGGAAUGGCUGGGUUUGGACCUGCCUCUGUAUGGCCAGGGCACGGGUCUUUUGGCCUGGAUGGAGUGCUGCUCUAUAUCCGACUCCCUGCAGAGCACCAUGCUGUCCCGUCUCACUCUGGACCAGCACAAACCUGACCACGUCAACAUGUUCAGCAAAGGCCUGCUGGUGGCUGUGACUCAGACCCUGCCCUGGUGCUCUGUCUCCCAGUGGAGCAGACUGCUGAGAGCCCUGCGGGAGUUGAUCUCAUCCGGCUGCCUCCACGUGCCCUUCUCUCUGGAGUACGUGGACUAUCUGCCUCUCCUGGACCUGAGGAGGUUUUCCUGUGAGCUCCGCCUGUCUGUCCUCCUGCUUCGAGUCCAGCAGCUGCUCUGCGGGUCCAGCUGCUCUGACUGGCUGUCAGCGGACGGCUGGGCCCACGUGGGCAGGUUAUACGCCCACGCUGUGAGGGACAUGAUGAAUUCACUAAGAGCCAGGCUGCCUCUUCCUUCAUCUGGUGCUUUGACUGCCUCUGCUUCAACUCCAGCAAUCAGAGACUCAAGUCCGACUUUCCUUCCUACGACGUUCAAAGAAGCACGAGACUCUCCCCUGAAGUCAAGAGAUCCACAAAUGGAGGAAGAGGUGGUGACAGCUCCUAGCCAGGAAGUCCUUUUUGUUCUCAGCCAGCUCUUCUGCCAUGUUCAGCACGUCCAGGUGAUGAUGCCAGGAGGCCAGUGUGAGGCUCUGUUCCUCUCCAGUCUGGAGAUCCUCAGUCACUAUGAGGCCAUCAUGGCUGCCUUCCCAGACAGCUGCACCCCACUGGAGUGCGACAACACCCGUCACUUCUUCUCUACCAUCUCAGACAACUUGGAGAACCAGGAGAUGAAGGCUGUGCUGCAGCAGAAGAUUGCUCAGCUUGUGUCGUCGGCAGCCUGACACACACACUGAUUUACCAACUGUUUCCCACUGACUGCUUUGAGUUUGCAAAUAAUCAAAAUCCUGAACUGAUUAAAGAAAGCGUAAAUAAA